AUAUCCACAGAAAACCAAAUAAUUAGUUAUUACAGUUUCUAUAUUCCUUGUAUAUGCAUUGACAAAACUACUCACUUUUUUUCUUCUCUUUUCUCGUGUUCUUUAUCUCUCUCGCUAGCUCACAGAAGAAGAAGAAGUAAAAGGCCUUUAUUUAUAAAUAAAAGAAAAGGAGAGAACAGAUAAUAAGAAACAAAGCAUGAAUGGUGCUGCAUGUGUUGAGGCAGAGUGCUGUGAGUUUGUGGAAGUUGAUCCCACGGGAAGAUAUGGAAGAUACAAUGAAAUUCUUGGCAAAGGAGCUUCUAAGACAGUCUAUAGAGCAUUUGAUGAGUAUGAAGGGAUAGAAGUAGCAUGGAAUCAAGUAAAGUUUUAUGACUUUUUGCAGAAUCCUGAAGAUCUUGAGAGGUUAUACAGUGAAAUUCAUCUUCUCAAGACAUUGAAACACAAGAACAUCAUGAAGUUUUAUACUUCCUGGGUUGAUACUGCCAACAGACACAUUAACUUUGUCACUGAGAUGUUUACCUCUGGGACUCUGAGACAGUACAGACUUAAACACAGACGGGUGAAUAUCAGAGCUGUUAAGCAUUGGUGCAGGCAGAUUUUGGAAGGGCUUCUCUAUCUGCACAGCCAUGAUCCUCCUGUGAUCCAUAGAGAUCUCAAGUGUGAUAACAUUUUCAUCAAUGGCAACCAAGGGGAAGUCAAAAUUGGUGAUCUGGGCCUUGCUGCAAUUCUCCGCAAAUCUAAUGCUGCUCGCUGUGUUGGCACACCUGAGUUUAUGGCUCCAGAAGUGUAUGAAGAGGAUUACAAUGAGUUGGUUGACAUAUACUCUUUUGGAAUGUGCAUCUUAGAGAUGGUCACUUUUGAAUAUCCUUAUAGUGAAUGCAACCAUCCUGCUCAAAUUUACAAGAAAGUUGUAUCUGGGAAGAAGCCAGAAGCUCUUUACAAAGUAGACAAUCCCGAGGUUAGGCAGUUUGUAGAGAAAUGCUUAGCAACUGUGUCCCUCAGACUUUCAGCUAGGGAACUCUUGGAGGACCCUUUUCUCCAAAUUGAUGAUUAUGGAUUUGACUCAAAAGUUUUGCAGUAUCAAAGAGAUUGUUAUGAAGUAACGCCAUUAAUUAGACAACCUGUGAAUGGAAUUUGUAUCAUUAACAACAACUUAAUGAGUGGGGACACUGAUAAUAUUGGUGGUUAUGGGCCUGUAUCUGAAUUGGGUUAUCAUCAAGACGAUUUUGAAGCGACUGAAAUUGGUCUCUUUGAUUGUGAAGAGGACGACAAUUUGGCUGAAGUUGACACCACAAUCAAAGGUAGAAGAGAAGACGAUGGCAUCUUUUUGAGACUCAGAAUAGCAGAUAAGGAAGGUCGAAUUAGAAAUAUCUACUUCCCAUUUGACAUUGAGACUGAUACCGCAUUGAGUGUUGCAAAUGAAAUGGUAGCUGAGCUCGACAUAAAUGACCAAGAUGUAACAAAUUUAGCAAGUAUGAUAGACAAUGAAAUUGCAAGAUUGGUCCCAGAGUGGAAAACAGGACCCAGAAUAGAGGAAAAAUCAGAAUGUUCAAGUGCAAGUGUCUGCCUCAAUUGUGCUGCAAACGGUUCCUUGUUUGAUUAUGUAUCAUCAAAUAAUCCAUGUGGCAAGAACCUUCAAUUUCUUCAUUGUUCUAAAACUGGAUGUGCUGCAGUUCAUGGCCGAUUUGAAGAGAUAACAUACCAAGUUGAAGGGUCUGAAAAUAGUGCUAGAGAAGGUGCACUGGAUGAAUCAAGCCAAUCCAAUGGCAUUCAAUAUACAGAUAUCUGGGCUCAGAGAGAUGAACCGGAUUUAUGCCAUGAAGAGUUAAAAGAGAUGCACUGUGACCAAGCUCAUGAGGCAUCAAACUCAUCAAACAUCAAGGAGGAUAGAAAAACUGUUAAUGUGGAUGAACAAAGUGAUCUCAAUACCAAAAAGUCUUCUUCAAACCCUGCACCAAAUUGUGUUUUCUUGGACUAUGAAAAUGAAAUAAGGCAAGAACUAAGAUGGCUCAAAGCAAAGUACCAAAUGCAGUUAAGGGAGCUUAGAGACCAACAACUAGGGCGUAAACCAAAAUUUACUAGCAUAUCUCCUGACCCCGAAAAAUUGGAGCAUUUGAAAGAUGGAAUUCUGAGGCUAUCAGAUACACCCAAUUUGAAGAUACAAAACAAUAAACCACUAUUGAGAACUAUAGUUUCUGGGAAGCAUUUUCAUGUUGAAUCUGAGAAAUGCAACACUUUGGCUGAUCAAAUGGUUCAAAAUGUUGAUGAGAUUUGUCAGUCUAACAGUCCUGAGCAAAUGAUCACAGCCAGGGAUUUCUUUACAGGAGUAUUGCUUCCACACUCACUUCAGAGGGCAACCUCACUUCCUGUUGAUGCAGUAGAUGUCUAGAAACUAGAAACCACCAAAGUUCAUAAUUUUCUCAUCAUAAGUGGGCACCAAUGUAUCUACAUUAACUGGUUGCCAGUUUACUUAAAUUUAGGGAAAGAAAAUCAGAGCCAGAGAGUGAUAGGAGUUACUCAAACGACCCUAGAUGUAAUUAGCUUGUGGGCACCCUUUUCUAGUAAGGUCACUUGACCUAGUAUGAAAAAUGCCAUAUGCAAAUCAUGCACAGGCUAACGCAAUCACAUUAAUGUAAGCAAAGUUUUCCCUUGAGAUGCUGAAUUUCAGCUCCAUCUCCUAGAGGAUUAUAUAUUACAGAUCAUAUGAGAUGCUAUAUUAGAAAAACCUGUGAGACUUCUCUAUGAUAGAAGUUUUUAUCCAUUUAUCUUUUGUUAACCUUUCUCACUAGCAUAAUGUAAUGGGUAAUGAGGCAACUAUGUAAUGCUAGAAAUGGGAGAAAUCAUUGUAUAAUUUAGAUCAUCAAAUAUUUAUGAUCAAUCUUUA